AGUUAGCCCAAUUCCGGAGGCCUAUUAUUAAUGCCCGUAUCAUCAUUAUAUCGCCAAUCUGCCGAGAUUCAAGCCAACCCUGAAGCCCAAAGUCCUUCACUGCAGGAGAUGGCGAGCUCAGUCACCGAUUUCAUGUCCCUCAGAGGCUUGGCAGCUCUCGAAAGAGCACCAAUCCCGAUCACACCCAAGUCCUCCUCCCCCAGUUAUUCCAUUUUCCGAAGAAAACGGUUUUCCAGAAUUGCAUGUGAUUGCUCCUGCUUUGAAGUUAGGGAUGUUAGCUAUCGACCCCCGGGGACCCAGCUCAACCUUCUGAAUGCAGUUAGUUUUUCCCUUCCAGAGAAAAGCUUUGGUUUAAUAUUUGGACGAAGUGGAAGUGGAAAAACUACACUGCUGCAGCUUCUUGCAGGGCUGAGUAAACCAACUUCAGGAUCCAUUUGUAUUCAAAGAUAUGGGAAUGAUGGCAAUCCAAAUCAAUCUCCUGAACCCGUACUCCCUGAGAGAGUUGGAAUUGUCUUUCAGUUUCCUGAGAGGUACUUUAUAGCAGAUAACGUGCUUGAUGAAGUUACAUUUGGGUGGCCGAGACAAAGGGGUGACCUCCAAUUCAAGGAACAUCUUGCUUUGAGACUCCAAAGAGCAAUUAAUUGGGUAGGUUUAAAUGGGAUCUCCUUGGACAAAGAUCCUCAUACCCUUAGUGGUGGCUAUAAACGUCGGCUUGCCUUGGCAAUUCAACUAGUAGAAAUCCCAGAUUUAUUGAUACUGGAUGAGCCUCUUGCUGGUCUAGAUUGGAAGGCACGUGCAGAUGUUGUGAAGCUUUUGAAGGUUCUGAAGAAAGACUUAACUAUACUAGUUGUCAGCCAUGACCUCAAAGAGUUAGCAACUCUAGUCGAUCGGUCCUGGAGGAUGGAAAUGGGCGGAAUUCUUAGGGAAGAGCCUGUGCCAGUUUAAAUCUAGCAAUAUGAUUUUACCUUCAUCAACAUCAGAUGCUGUGAGGUGGGAUGGUGGCCAAAACUCGAUUGACUAGCCUUUGAGUCUAUCGAUCCACAACAGGUUUCGUGGCUGGAGCGGCCUUUUGAGGAGCGAGGCCCACAGCGUGGUAAGGAGAAUGGUCAAAAAGAUAAAGCACCUGGCCCUGAGGCUUUUCCAUGGGAUUUUUUCAAACUUGUUGGGAUGUGGUGAGGGCAGAUUUAAUGAAAGUGUUCCAAUAAUUCUUUUCAGUCUGGAAAUUUGAGAAAAGCCUCAACGCCACAUUUAUAGCACUCGUUCCUAAGAAGAUUGGGGCCUCAGAGGUGAAGGAUUACCGGCCAAUUAGCCUUGUGAAUGAGAUAUAUAAGAUUAUUUCUAAGGUACUUGCCAAUCACUUAGGAGAGGUUUUGGGGAGGAUCAUUACAAAACCCCAAAAUGGUUUUGUUAAAGAUAGGGUCUUAAUAGAGAGUGCACAUUGUAACUUGGUAGUUUGAGGGUGUAAUGUGUUAGUGCUGAUAGUUGGAGGUGCAUAAUGUAAAAUGCCUAUUACUUGGACGGUGAAAUGUGUAAUUUCACUUUUUCUUUCUCUAUCAGAGUGUUCAUACUUUAGAAGUUACGAGUUUUUGUUAAAUGUUCCUAUUCUGGAAUCUCAUAUAUGGUUAAAUUUCUCCCAGAUGUUUUGUAAUGGUAAAGCACAUAAAUUGAUACUUACAG